AGAAGAACGCGCCUCCUUAUUCCACACCAUGAGCUCAGUGUUCCUUGGUGCAUGAUCUAAUGAGGAUGGUGGUGGAUCUAAUGUUGAUUCGGACCUCAAGUGCCUUGCCCAACUGCUGUACUUACGCGAGAGAGAAGAAGUAAUACAUACUACACGUGCUAAGCACAACUAUCACCAUUGGCUUCAUUAAGGCCACGGGCAUUCAAGAACACGAACCCAAGCGUGUGUGAACGACUGAAAGGGGGAGGGUGGAGGCCCUUUGGAAAGCGAAAUUGCAAGAACUCUUCAACAUCAGACAACAUUCAAAACUCACUUCGAUCGAGAAUGGUGUAGGGGGAGGUGUCACUCCCAGAUUUGAGCACGAAAACAACUGAUCGGUUACUGCAAUCACCAUGUUUGGUCUUAGUCAAAUCUUCAGAGGAUUGACUCUUUAUUGUCUCAUAGCCAGUGCUCAAGCUGAUCAUCAUAUGAUCCUCAAUCACACAUGUGUGGGUGAGCAAUUAGAUCUCUUGGCAGAAACUAGUGAGCGGCAAUUCAACAAGGUAUUCCAAACGCCCAUUUUGAGGGAUGCAUGGAUUGACAACACGCCUGCCUAUCACGAGGUUCAAAUCCAAACUCUUUGGGCCAUGAACAAUCUUCAAAAAAUGAGUGUGGAGCUCUACCGAGAUACUCUUCAGGUGGACCAGAACAAUGACGUGUUUGCUAGAACCGGAAUGGUUCAUUUGAAUAACGCCAUUCUCUACGAUCGAUUUGAUGAGAAUCUUACGGCGAUGAUCACUAUGGAGAAUGAUGAAGAGUACCUAACUGUAGAGACAGAUAAUUCUCGAACCACUUGCACACUCAGAUUGUCUGCUUACAACGUUCACGGGUCGGUAAUGCGCUCAGCACCGUUCGCCAAAUUUCGUUUCAGUCCAGACGGACAACAGAUCAUGUACAUGGCCGAGGCUAUGAGACCCUCAUUACUUCAAUACCUUUAUCUGGGCGACUUCUGGGCCUACCCGAGGGUAACACGUCCAACGAUUAUUUUGUACGAAAUUGACAACCUCAGAUUCAAAACACUUGCCAAUUUCCCCGUCCAUUUGACACCCGGCGAUGUUCAUUGGCAUCCAAUAGAUACCAAUAAGCUUGUGGGUGUGGUUUGGGAGAAUCAGCCUUUUCCAAGAAUGUAUCCACUGAGCUCUAAUGUUCCAAGUCGCCUUUUCCUGUACGACUUGGCACUUGACACUUUCGCAUUCAUCACUUCCGAUGACCUCCACGUUGACACUCCUCGAUUUUCUCCAGACGGAACCAAACUGGUAUACUUGGAAAACUCCCUUUUUAGCAGCACAGUCCCAAGGUUGGAUCCCGGCCCUUACAUGUCUGCAUCCCGAGUAGUAAUGAUGUUGUGGUCUUCUGUCGAGUCGUUGGCUGGCCGGCAAUCCAACGACCUUGCACCAGACGCAAUGAGCAUUGUUCUCGUCGAUAAUCCGCAAAACGGUUCUCCCUUGCCCGAAAUCUUGCCGGAUGGAACCACAUUCUAUGGGAUAUACCCUUAUAGAGACCCGACAUAUGGAGCGCCUAGCCGGAUUUUCUCAAGCGAUGGAUCUCUUAUUUAUAUGACUGUUUAUCAGUUGGACGCGACUCAUGUCAUCGUGGUAGAUGUGAAUACCCAGCAAAUCACCAUCCAUCCAGAAAAAUCACAAGUAAUGUUGGACAUUUUCGAUGACGUAAUGCUCGUCCGUGGGGAGGAUAUUAGUCAAAGGCCUACAUUGCGAGUUGGAAGAUUCCAUGACGACUAUUGGACCACCGUGUCAACGCAAUCUCCACCAACGACAGAACGCACCACAACAACCACUACAACUACAACCACUACGCCAACUACUACCACCGCGGCUCCAGAGACCACCACGACUCCGUUAGAUCCCUGCGAGCAUCUUCUUCAAGAAUAUGAGGGUUUGAACACAAACUUCACUGUGAUUGACGCAUCUGACCUCACGACAACGACCGAAACAGCAUCGUCCACUACUCCCACUCCAAUUGAGACCACUACCGCCAUGUCCACUACGCCCAAUCCACAAGCUAUUCCCUUGCGACUGGCUCGAGUACACUUCGAAGAUCUUUCUCCCUCGAGCAACUUGGCGUACAAAGUUGAAUCUAUGACCUACGACGAGCCCGAUUAUCAAGCUCGUCAACGAUGGAUUCCCCGGGGCGAGAAGGACAUGAGCUUCUUCAACGCCCACUACACUGCCCCUACUAAUGGCAACAACUUUCCACUUUUGGUUUUUAUUCAUGGAGGCCCACACAACAUUUGGACUAGGGCAUACUCGCCGACUUACGAGUUUGCUCUUAGCCUGGGAAUGGCUGUUUUGGUUGUCAAUUACCGUGGAUCUUUGGGAAUGGGCGAUGAAACAUUAUCUGCCAUUAUGGGAAACAUUGGAGAUAUGGGGGUCGAGGACGUUCAUCAAGCAGUUGAAGAUGCCCUGCAAUCGCGACCAGAACUCAACGGUAAAGUCGCGCUUUGCGGCCAUUCAUACGGAAGCUUUAUCUCCGCUCAUCUGGCCGCCAAGUACCCGCACCGAUACAACGUGGUAGUGGCCAAAAGUCCACUAUUCGAUCUCUCUGAGCUAAGGAAUGCGCCCAGAUACGUUAAAGAACUCUUGGGACUGAAUGCCACUAUGCCCAUUGUGUUGGACAAAGACAUGAUUGCCACAGCAUUCGCCAGGUCUCCAAUCAACUACAUCGAAGAUAUCGAGGCCAAAACACUAAUCUUCGCAGGUGAACUAGAUCGUGAAACCCUUCCCGAGAGUCAGGCGAUUCCGUUUCAAAAGGCACUCCUCGAGCGAAAUGUGACCACACAGCUCUAUAUUUACCCAAAUGAAGGGCAUGCAAUCAAAAGUCUCAAAGCUACCCACCAUAUGCUCACCAAGUUCAUUUUAUGGGUUCACGAGCAUUGGGGCACAUACCAUCCGGAGUGUCAUUACGAGGCUCCAACCACAACUUCCAGGCCUGAUCCAACUUCUACAGCGGACAAUACGAUUCCAGGAACAACCACUGAAGAUAAUCCCGCACAGAGUAAUGCCAUCAAUUAUUCCCUUAGCUCAUUCGUACUGUUGGCAAUGAAUGUUUUCACUCUAGGGCUUUGGUUCCAAUAUAAGUACCUAUGAGCUUGAGCACUUACUGCUACUCCUACCCAACCACCCAACAUAGUCCAAACCUUUCCCUAUUCCACUGUACAUUCAUACUCGCACUAAUCAUCAAGGUCACCUCAUCCCUUUCGCACAUGUUGCUGUUCUUCCACUACCACAACAACUUACCCUUGAUGUCCUGGAGAUUCGUCCCUGAAGCGAUCGCUUGACUUGGAUCGUUUCGCACGUUCCUGCGAUUCACUUCGCUUUGAUCGAGAUCUUUGUCUGUAAAAAAAUACCCAAUACUUUGAAUUUUUGAUUCAUAACUUGUAGAUGAUAGAAAUAUUUCCGUUUGUGAUAAUUACAAACAAAUCAAAUCAUUGACAGGUUGAUAAAUGGAAAAUACCGACACCCUAUAAUUUGAACUGUUUCUGGAAGAAUAAAUGUGCUUUAAAACUA